UAAAUUUAUAUUGAGACCAAAUUCUGAAAUAGGGCCUUCUUGUAAAAUUUUCUGAGAUAGGGCGUUUUCGAAUUGGCUGCCGAGAAAGGUCGAUCUUCCACACCGCCGUCGAAAUAGUAUUCAUCAUGAAUGUGCGAAUGCCUAAGUCUGACCCAGAUAAGAUAUGCGGUUUUGAAAAAUAUGUACAUAAUUAAACGGCUAACGCACUUAGUUAGUGCCUCAAUAAGCGACAUGUAGAAAUUUAUAAGCGGCCCAAAAUGGUUCGGCCAAACUGGACUCGAAUGUUGACAGGUUGUCUAUGGUAAAAUGAAAUAGCAUUGCCUACAAGAAAUUAAACAAAAUGACGCUACCAUGCAUGCUCUGUUGAUACCCGAAUGGCAACACGGAAAGUACUUGCAGUAACCAACCAACUAACUUAGUAUUUUAUCUAUAGCGGUACUUCGUUAUUGAUUAGUUGCACGCUACUGUAUGUACAUAAAUGAUAUGAUAGCAAAAACAAAGACACAAUAAAAUUAAAUAAAUUUAAAUUAUCAUUUUAAUGGUCAAUAAAAUAAAGUAUUGUGUAUUUCUUAUCGUAGCAGAAGUCGCAUGGAGGUAUACGAGUGAUAAAAAAUAAUAAAGCUAAAUUACUGAUAACAUUUAUGCCUUUACUAUAUAAAGUGUGAGCACAAAAAAAAAUCUGCUAUACGAGCCCUAACUUCGCGCGUGCAUCGAAAAGUUGCACAGCUACCACAGAAAAAUAAGUAUAUCUAGUGAUAACUUCUGAAUACAUCAUGAGUGAAUGGGAGAAAAAUAAGGAAAUACAAUUAUUGCAGGAAUACUUGCGUAUUCCCAGUGUCCAUCCGGAUAUUGAUUACACGUCAUGCGUGGAAUUCCUGAAGAAGCAAUCAAAAGACCUAAAUCUACCCUUAAAGGUUUAUCAUCCUGGCGGUCCUACAAAACCGAUUGUGGUCAUAACAUGGUUGGGGCAGCAGCCGCAGCUACCAUCGAUAAUGUUAAAUUCACAUAUGGAUGUAGUGCCGGUUUAUCCAGAAAAAUGGACACAUCCACCUUUUGCUGCUGAGAUCGAUGAGGAAGGUCGCAUAUUUGCACGUGGUUCACAGGAUAUGAAAUCUAUUGGCAUGCAAUAUUUGGCUGCUUUACGCGCGUUAAAAAAGAAGGGCGUGGUGGCGCUGAAACGCACAAUUCAUGUGACUUUCAUGCCAGAUGAGGAAAUUAGCGGCGUGCUUGGAAUGAAAAGUUUCGUAACAACAGAUGAUUUUCGAAAUUUGAAUGUAGGCCUUUGCUUAGAUGAAGGCGUGGCAAAUACAAAUGAUGAAUAUACUGCCUACUAUGCCGAAAAGACUAUUUGGUACGUUCAAUUCAUUAUACAUGGACCUGCUGGACAUGGAUCGCUGCUGCACAAAAACACUGCGGGUGAAAAAUUGGAAUAUAUUCUCAAUAAAAUGAUGGACUUAAGGCGGCAGGCAGAACAUAAAUUAAAAAGUAAUCCCGCUUGCAGUCUCGGUGAUGUGAAUACCUUAAACUUGACUGUAGUAAAGGGUGGCGUUCAGUCGAAUGUGGUGCCACCAGUAAUUGAAGCCACUUUUGACUUACGUUUAGGUAUCAACGCAGAUCUUGAAGGUUUGGAAAAACAGCUUCGCACUUGGUGCGAAGAGGCAGGAGGCGAUAUAGAUAUUAAUUUUAAGACGAAGGACAAGAAGAUUGCGACAACUUUUGACAUAAGCGACACAAAUCCAUUUUGGGUUGGAUUCAAAACAACAAUGGAAAAACUAGGCUUGAAGCUUCGCCACGCAGUGCUACCGGGUGUCACAGACGUUCGCUAUUUGCGUGAAUUGGGCAUUCCCGCUUUGAAUUUCUCACCAAUGGCAAAUACACCAAUUCUACUUCACGAUCAUGACGAGUUCCUGAAGGUAGAAACUUAUUUGAAAGGCAUUGAAAUAUACGAAAAUUUAUUGGCAACCAUUGCAAAUGUUUAAAAAUAGGGCUACAAAUUAUAAUGUAUUCUCCUUACAAACAACUUGGUAUACAUAUUUGUAAAUUACCCAAAAAUUUAAUUUUUUUUAAACAAUUUAACGGGAUCACCUACAAUUUAUUUUAAGACAUUUAUUAAAACUUAUCUAAAUAUGAUGUUAUCUAAUGAAUAUUGGGGGACAUGGUUGUGUGCACAUUAAACACAUCCUUUAGUUAUAACAAACAAAGUCAUUAUAAUUUUAAAAUAAAGUUUACAUACAAAUUUAA